GAAGUGGACGGAGAAAUCCCUCAACAAGCAAUGAAGCAGUUGAGGUCGCCCUACUGGAUUUUAGCUGCGGCAGUGUUGCUGCUUGUAACGGCUGUCCUUUCAGCGCCGGCCCCACAGAGGCGCAAAGGAGUUGGAGACAGCGUCAAUGGACGCGGUCGUGUUGGAGGCAACGUCACUGCACGCGGUCGUGUUAGAGGCAACGUCACUGGACGCGGUCGUGUAGGAGGAAACGUCAAUGGAGGCGGUGGUGUUGCAGUCAUCGUCUAUGAAGGCGGUGGUGUUGGAGGCAACGUCAAGGGACGCGGUCGUGUUGGAGGCAAAGUCAUUGGAGGCAACGUCAAUGGCCGCGGUCGUGUUGGAAGCAAACAAAAUGGAAGCGAUCGUGUUGGACUCAUCGUCUAUGGAGGCGGUGGUGUUGGAGGCACCGUCACUGGAGGCGGUGGUGUUGGAGGCAACGUCAAUGGCCGCGGUCGUGUUAGAAGCAAACAAAAUGGACGCGAUCGUGUAGGACUCAUCGUCUAUGAAGGCGGUGGUGUUGGAGGCACCGUCACUGGAGGCGGUGGUGUUGGAGGCAAAGUCAUUGGAGGCGGUCGCGGUGGAGGCGGUCGUGUUGGCGGCGGUCUUGGUGGAGGCGGUCGUGGUGGAGGCGGUCGUGUUGGCGGCGGUCUUGGUGGAGGCGGUCGUGGUGGAGGCAAAGUCAUUGGUGGCGGUCGCGGUGGAGGCGGUCGUGUUGGCGGCGGUCUUGGUGGAGGCGGUCGUGGCGGAGGCGGUCGUGUUGGAGGCGGUCGUGUUGGAGGCGGUGGUGGUGGAGGUGGUCGUGUUGGAGGCGGUCUUGGUGGAGGCGGUCGUGGUGGAGACGGUGGUGUUGGAGGCACCGUCACUGGAGGCGGUGGUGUUGGAGGCAAAGUCAUUGGAGGCGGUCGCGGUGGAGGCGGUCGUGUUGCCGGCGGUCUUGGUGGAGGCGGUCGUGGUGGAGGCGGUCGUGUUGGAGGCGGUCGUGUUGGAGGCGGUGGUGGUGGAGGCGGUCGUGUUGGAGGCGGUCUUGGUGGAGGCGGUCGUGUUGGAGGCAACGUCAAUGAAGGCGGUGGUGUUGGAGGCAAAGUCAUUGGAGGCGGUCGCGGUGGAGGCGGUCGUGUUGGCGGCGGUCUUGGUGGAGGCGGUCGUGGUGGAGGCGGUGGUGUUGGAGGCACCGUCACUGGAGGCGGUGGUGUUGGAGGCAAAGUCAUUGGAGGCGGUCGCGGUGGAGGCGGUCGUGUUGGCGGCGGUCUUGGUGGAGGCGGUCGUGGUGGAGGCGGUCGUGUUGGAGGCGGUCGUGUUGGAGGCGGUGGUGGUGGAGGCGGUCGUGUUGAAGGCGGUCUUGGUGGAGGCGGUCGUGUUGGAGGCAACGUCAAUGAAGGUGGUGGUGAAGGAGGCAACGUCAAUGAAGGCGGUGGUGAAGGAGGCAACGUCAAUGAAGGCAUUGAUUAUAUCAACGUCAAUGAUGGCGUUGGUGAAGGAGGCAAGGACUAUGAUGGCGACGGUGAAGGAGGCAACGAAAUUGGAGGCUUUGUUGAAGGAGACAAUGAUUAUGGAGGCGUUGGUGAAGGAGGCAAUGAUUAUGGAGGCGUUGGUGAAGGAGGCAAUGAUUAUGGAGGCGUUGGUGAAGUAGGCGAUGAUUAUGGAGGCGUUGGUGAAGGAGACAAUGAUUAUGGUGGCGUUGGUGAAGGAGACAAUGAUUAUGGUGGCGUUGUUGAAGGAGGCAAUGAUUAUGGAGGCGGUGGUGAAGUAGGCGAUGAUUAUGGAGGGGUUGGUGAAGGAGGCAAUGAUUAUGGUGGCGUUGGUGAAGGAGACAAUGAUUAUGGUGGCGUUGUUGAAGGAGGCAAUGAUUAUGGAGGCGGUGGUGAACUGGGCAAUGAUUAUGGAGGCGGUGGUGAAGGAGGCAAUGAUUAUGUAGGCGUUGGUGAAGGAGGCAAUGAUUAUGGCGGCGGUGGUGAAGGAGUCAAUGACUAUGGUGGCGGUGAUUUUGGAGGCGGUGAUUAUGGAGGUGGUGAUUUUGGAGGUGGUGAUUAUGGAGGUGGUGAUUUUGGAGGUGGUGAUUUUGGAGGUGGUGAUUUUGGAGGUGGUGAUUUUGGAGGUGGUGAUUUUGGAGGUGGUGAUUUUGGAGGUGGUGGUUUUGGAGGUGGUGAUUUUGGAGGUGGUGAUUUUGGAGGUGGUGAUUUUGGAGGUGGUGAUUUUGGAGGUGGUGGUUUUGGAGGUGGUGAUUUUGGAGGUGGUGAUUUUGGAGGUGGUGGUUUUGGAGGUUUUGAUUGAGGCAAUGAAUAUGCGAACGGUGGUAAUGCAGGCAAUGAUUAUGGAGAUGGUGAUGAAGGAGCAAUAAUUAUGGAGGUGGUGUUGAAGGAGGCGGUGAUUAUAACGGCGGUGAUUAAGAAGGCGGUGAUUAUGGAGGCGAUGAUUGUGGUGGCGGAGAUUAUGGAGGUGGUGAUGAAGGAGGCGGUGAUGAAUAAGGCAAUGGUUAUGGGGGCGAUGGUAAUGAAGGCAAUAUGGUGGUGAUGAGGGGGGCAAUUAUGAGUAUUAAUUUGUGGCUAAUAAAGUAAGGGCAUCGCAUCGUUGAGAAUACUGCAGUUACCACUAGUAAUAAAGGAUCUGUAGAGGUUCAGGUUUUGAACCAGCAAAUACAUUUAAAAAUAGGAAGAAAUCCAAUCAAUUAUUUUUUCUGCUCUCCUUCGUGGUGAAUAGCGCAUACAGUGAAAAAGAUAAUGUGUACUAUUAAUGUUGAAAUAAAGUAUAUGCUAAAUUAAAACUACUACUUGUUUUUUGCAGACUGAAGAUGACAAUGAUAAAAAAGUUUUACGUAGUUUGUAAGCUAACAAGAAGCUCAUUUGCAUUUUUAUGUGAAACCAUCUGAUCAAUGUCAUAUGUUUUAGGAUGAUUAAUAUCAAAUGUAAAUCCUUUCGUUUCGCUGGAGCUCCGUAUAUGUUUAGUUUGGGUUUUUACGAAUGCAAACCGUGUAGAAACAAACACUUUGGCAAUAUAAACCAGUUAUUAUGGAUGUAGUUGUAUCAGUUUUAAUUCACUAUCGAAAGCGACAUACAAUAAAGUCCCUGGCCGUUGCAUGGUUUUAGUUUUAAAUCGUCGUUUCAGUGGAGUGGACGUAGAAACUCCUCAUAAAGCAAUGGUAAAAACCAUUUCUGUUUUUAAAGAAGAGUUUACAUACGUGUAACUUCUUUCUUUUAACAUUGAAGCAGUUGAGAUCGCCUUACUGGAUUUUGACUAUGGCAGUGUUGCUGAUUGUAACGACUGUCCAUUCAGUGCCGGUACCAAAUGAUGAAUAUUACUCCGAAAAUACGCUUUUGGUAAAUGAGUGUUACUCUGGGAAUCAAACUAAACAUGGAAUCUACCGGGAGGAGCAUGCAUAUUACGAUCCGAUGGGCUUCUUAGUAGUGACGGGCUUCUAUCGUUUUGAGUGCACUGACAGUAAAAUGUACGAGUUCUUUCUUAUGAAAGAUGA